AUGGGUAAGACUGCUAAGCUUUCGACUAAGCCCUCGACCGCUCCCCCAGCUGUCCCCGCUGAAGCUGCUGCCGCCACUCCUCAGGCUGCUGCCCCUGGUGAAGCUGCUGUCACUCCUGUGGCUGCUGGUGGCGGUACUGCCGGGGCCACUGGCAACACCCCGGCCUUUAGUGCCCCUCCUGGUGGUAUUGUCCCGGUUGACGCUGCUACCACUCGUCCCGUUGGUGACGACAUUGGUUCUGUCGGUGCUUUCAUUGGCUCUGUGUGUAGCACUGCCCGCGCUGCUGCCCCCACUGUUGGUGCCCCUACUGGCGCUGCCCCUACUGGCACUGGUGACGCUGCUGUUACCGCCACUGAUAAUGCCCCUGCUGCCGCUGGUGACGCUGCCGAAGCCGCUGCCGCUGUUGUCAAUGCUGGUGCUACCACGUCCAUCCCCGCCGAAGCUGUGACUGCUGCUGUCCCCGCUGGCGAUGCUCCUGCCCCCAAGGACCCGUUCAAGGUAACCGAGAUGGACGAAAAGAAGUUGUUGACCUUCUACAAGUACAUCAUUGGUGGGGUGGGUGCUGACGCCGCCGGUAAGCACGUUGGGUUCGAACCUGCCCGCGCCUCCAAGUUGGCUGAGCUCAUCAUGGCCAAGGCCAACGCCAAGUGCCCCAUGACCGAGUCGGGGAGACUCGCUCUCCAGAUUUUCAUCGAGGAAAUCAAGGAACGCGAGAUUGGCCGUGACGUCGAGGCGAUGAUGGCGUUCUUGGAAGCCAACGCGGUGGAUGUGGAGCUUGCUGAACUUUAA